AUGGUGGAUGUGUUCAGUGGGCGGCUCCUGGUCAGCAAGGACGGCCGCAGCGUGGACCCCGAGGAGGCCCUGCAGAACAAGGUCGUGGGCUUGUACUUCUCCGCCGGCUGGUGCUCGCCGUGCCGCGACUUCACCCCCGUGCUCUGCGACUUCUACACGGAGCUGCUGGAGGGAACCGAGCCCCCCGCCCCCUUCGAGGUCGUCUUCGUCUCCUCCGACCACAGCGCCGAGGAGAUGGCGGCCUACAUGCACGCCAUGCACGGGGACUGGCUGGCCCUGCCCUUCCACGACCCCUACAAGCACGAUCUGAAGAAGAAAUACAACAUAACAGCAAUUCCUAAACUGGUGAUUGUGAAACAAACUGGAGAAAUCAUUACUGACAAGGGAAGAAAACAGAUCAGAGACAAAGGGCUAUCCUGUUUUCGGAACUGGCUUGAGGGUGCAGAUAUCUUUCAGAAUUUUUCUAGUUAAAAAGUUGGCAGAUGGAAACAAGACAAGGCAUCAUGGAAAACUUUGUAGAGCUCUGAAACGAUUGUUCAGAACAAGAAGGGUAAGGCUUAUUUAUCUUUGCUUGUAAACCAAUUUUGUUUUCAACUUGAAGAUUAGCUAUUCCAGUAAGUCAUAAAAUGCAAUUAUUGUUUUAUCUGUAUUGUUCUGAUAUAUUCAGUAUGAACCAAAGCGUUCCUCAUAAUACUGACAAACUUCAGGAGGGUAGGCUGUUUUAGACAGUAAUAAUGGAGCACUGUGAAAUCUAUGCAAACACUUACUUUGCAAAAUCUGUACAGUAAAAAUAUAUAUAUAUGCACAAACCUAUUUUUCUUGAUGACAGUUUUUUUUCUGGUGAUUAGCACAUAUAUUUUAUAAAGAAAAGGAAACUUGCUUGCUUUAAUAAAUAACUGUUUAUGAAGUA